AUGUCAUCUCCUUUGCGUCUUGGAUCCAAGGCCCCUAACUUCCAGGCCGACACCUCGAACGGCCCCAUCGACUUUUACGAGUUCCUUGGCGACUCGUGGGGUGUUUUGUUUUCGCACCCUGACGACUUCACUCCCGUGUGCACCACUGAGCUCGGUGCGUUUGCCAAACUCGAGCCCGAGUUCGCUAAGCGCAACGUCAAGUUGAUUGGUUUGUCUGCCAAUGGCACCGAGUCCCACAAGGCGUGGAUCCAGGACAUUGACGAGGUCACCGGAUCCAAGCUGUCGUUCCCUAUCAUUGCCGACCCUGAGCGUAAGGUCGCUGCUGCGUACGACAUGAUCGACCACCAGGACGCCAGCAACGUCGACGACAAGGGUGUUGCAUUCACCAUCCGCUCUGUGUUUAUUAUUGACCCCAAGAAGAACGUCCGCCUGAUCCUGGCCUACCCUGCCUCCACCGGCCGCAACACAGCCGAGGUCUUGCGCGUCAUCGACUCGCUGCAGACCGGCGACAAGCACCGCGUCACCACUCCGAUCAACUGGACUCCUGGCGACGACGUCAUUGUGCACCCCUCCGUCACCAACGACGAGGCAAAGACUCUGUUCCCCAAGUUCCGUACCAUCAAGCCCUAUUUGCGUCUCACGCCCCUGGAUGCCGACAAAAAAUUCUCGGCAAGGCUCUAG